AUGGUUCGCUUCAAGAACAGGUACGUGCUGUGCGAGGUGGUCUCGGAGGACCCGCGGUGCCGGCAGUGCAUCGAGGAUCGCGCGGUGGGCCUCGCCGUUAGGGACGCCAUCGGGCGGGUGCACGGGGAUUACGGCCUGGCCUGCUGCUCCAUCUCCUUCACAGUGAAGUACCUGAACGCCUACACCGGGACCGUGCUCCUGCGGUGCCGCAAGGACUCGUACCGGCUGCUCUGCUCCGCGCUCCCCUUCGUCAGGCAGCUGGAGAGCCGGAACCAGCGCUACCCCUGCGCCCUCAACACUCUGCACGUCGGAGGUACCAUAAGGACAUGUCAGAAAUUUCUAAUCCAGUAUAACAGAAGACAGCUACUGAUGUUGUUGCAAAACUGUACAAAUGAAGAGGAAAGGCAGUGUGUACAGAAGUCCUUGUCGAGCUGUUCCCUGACAGAAGAGCAGUCUCAAAGUGGAGAUGAGGAAGAUGAUGGCAGCAGAGAGACAGACUGAACUGAACUUGUUACUAUUUACCUCUGUCCUGUACUUAGGUCAUCAAAAUGGUAGCAGUUACCUUCAGUGUAAGCAAAGCAGGGACAGAAAAAGUAUCUGUUCAUAUUAAGACUUCAUUCCUCAUUCUCAGCACUGUUAAAUAAAGAUUUUUUUUUUUAAAAUGCAUAUUUUUACUUAAAUAGAUUAUUUGCCUGUUUCACUCCAGGAAUCAAAACCACCUUCGCUCCUAAGGAGUGGAGCAGCUCAGUGGUAUAUUGAUGCUGAGGUAGAAAUGAACUUUAGGCAGCUGGCAGAGACAAAGACUACAGUCAGUCUCCUUCACUACAGAAAAGUCAUUAACAGCUCCCUGGCUUUGACCUUCUCUCCCAGUGUGUACCUCUC